AUGAUUCACAUGCAUCAUCGCUCUCCAGUUCUAAUUGUGUGGAGUUUAAUAUUUUUCUUUAUUUCUGCGGUAGCUGUUGCACUUCGAGUUGCGUCUAUAUAUAUACGACGUCGGGGUUUAAAAACCCAUGAUUAUCUUGUUUUCUUCUCACUGGUGGGUUUGACUGGAUGUCUACAUCUUCAGCCCGCUGAUGAUAACCUCAGCGCUACGACGGCUGGCUAUGGCGGUCAUACGGCGACUAUGGCUGUACGCAACCCGGGAGAGUUGGUUAGUGCAUUGAAGAUUUUCUGGGCAUCAGAAUGGAUGUGGGCAACCUCAACAGUCUGCUUUAGACUCGCCAUACUCCUUUCAUAUAUCGAGAUCUUCCCAGGAAAUCAGAAAUUCUACUGGUGUGCAACUGGAGUGGGAUGUCUUGUCUUCCUAUACUGGGUAUCUGCGAUCUUGACCAUCGCUUUGCUCUGUCGUCCAGUCGCCUACAAUUGGGACCGCACAAUUUCCGGGAGCUGUGGCGAUAUUCUAAAGAUACAGUAUGCAUCUGCAGGGUUCAACAUGGGGAUUGAUCUGGGAGUCGUCUUGCUACCGCUCCCUAUUGUUUGGCGGCUCCAAAUGUCGAGCCGCAAGAAGACUGGCGUCACAGCAUCUUUCGCGAUAGGCAUCCUAACAGCCGGUAUCAAUUUAGGCCGCAUUAUUCAGACCAAGUUGUGUCCCGCUGACGACCUCGUCUACUGCCUCAGAGACUCCUCUAUUUUCAUCAUGGCAGAAAUGACAGCAGGAAUUUUGGUGGCCUGUGUUCCAACAUUUGGGCCCCUAUUAUUUCGCGGGCGAAACGUGCAUUCAGCGCGACCACACGACUUGCCCACAAUUGGGUCUCCUCGAAUUCGCCGUCGUCCGAAAUUCGAUUCUCUCCUUUCCACAUUCGACCGCAGUCACAAUGAUUGCGAAGAGCGAGGCCAUACAAAGGAAGUGGAGCAUGGUGCGCCCACAUCGCAUGUCGGGAUGGGGGCUGAGAAUGAAGCUCCAGACACAGGUAUUAUGGUGACGCGCGACCUCGAUGUGCAUAGCCUGAAUGUGCUCCCUCGAGUGUCUGAGAAUAAUACUGUUUGA